AUGAUCCUGUUCUUUAUUCCUUUAGACCACACCGAAGAACAUUCGCCUUUGCUUAAGGUUCUACUUAGUUUCGCUUCAGGUGGUCUCUUAGGGGAUGCUUUCCUUCACCUUAUCCCCCAUGCCGUGAACCCACAUUCGCAUAAUGAGGGUGACCACCAGCACGGACACUCUCACGGCGGACACGACGAAGAAGGGGGUCACAGUCAUGGCCAUGAUCUUUCGGUCGGACUCUGGGUCCUUACUGGCAUCAUUGUGUUCCUAACCGUUGAAAAGGUGGUUCGGUUCUUAAAGGCCGGACACGGUCACUCGCACUCUCAUUUACACUCUCAUUCUGAACCUGACCCUUCUUCAUCGCAAAAAAAAGAAAAUGUAGCAAAAGAAGAAGAGACGAAGAAAAAGAAAGAAAAUAAAGAAGACUACGACGAAGGGAACAAGGAAUUGGAAAAAAAAAUCUCGGAAGUUGACGAAGAUAAAAAUGCCGACAUCGGCGAAAAUGUGAAAAAGGAUGAAAGCAAAGAGGAAAGCAAGGACAGUGAGAAAAAAGAACCUGAUGUGAAUGAAGUGGUUGAAGUUCGAGACAUUGCUGUUGCUGGCUACUUGAAUUUGGCAGCAGACUUUGCCCACAAUUUUACUGAUGGCCUUGCUAUUGGAGCUUCUUUCCUUCUUGGUGCAGCUCCCAGUAGAUCAUAUCCAAACAGUCCCACUUUUUUUUUUUCUUUUUUUCCUUUUUUCUCCUCUUUUCUCCCCUUUUCAUCUUUUUUUUCUUUUAACUAA